UUCCACGUAGCCACACCCGACUACCUCCCCCCACCCCCAACACCCAACACCCAACACCCAACCCCUACCUCCUCCCCUUCUACACAUAUAUCUGCCACACUCCUUCGCCCGGCAUGGACUCUGCCCUUCAAAAGGCCAUUUCCAAGGGAGCCAAGUUGAAGAAGGUCGAGACCAAUGACCGGUCACAGGCGGCAGUGGGUGGAAGAGUCAUUGAUGAGUCGUCGGCAAAGUCCUCGUCUUCACAGCCAAAGCCUCCGCCGCCCCCGGCUUCCUCGUCUGGUCCGCCGCCGCCGCCGCCUUCGGCCCCGCCGAUGAAGCUGCCAGGCAUGGCCCCGCCACCGCCGCCUGCUCCUGCAUCGGCUGCAUCUCCGCCGCCGCCACCGCCACCGUCUGCUCCGGCUCCGGCUGCGUCUCAGUCGACAUCGCCGCCGCCGCCACCACCACCAUCUGCGUCGUCGUCGUCGCCAUCCGCAGCUGCUCGUGCGGGCGCGUCGUCGUCGUCGCCAUCCGCAGCUGCUCGUGCGGGCGCGUCGUCGUCGGGCGCGCGCAAGGUCGAGGCGCUGUACGACUACAAAGCCGAAAACGACGACGAUCUGGCGAUGUUCCAGGGCGACAUGGUGACAGUUCUGGAAGAGCCCGACGAGGACGGGUGGAUGAAGGGCGCGCUGGGCGGAAAGGAGGGCUACUUUCCGGCGUCUUACGUCAAGGACGUGCCCGGGAGCGGAGCGCCGGGCGCAAGUCCUGGCAAAAGCAAGGCAGAUGCGGCGCGGCCUGACUCGACGUACGACGAGCUGUUUGGCGACGACGAGAAGCUGGACAAUGAGUUUGCGACCAUGUUUGACGACUCGCAGAGCAACGCGAGUGAGGCUGGGGCCUCGGGUGGCCUUAUGAGCAUCGACGCCGGCGUGGCAACGUCGACGCUCGAUUUCGGCUCGGAAGUUGUUCACGUUCACAACUCGAACCUCGCCGCCGAGGACAAGCUCGCCAUCGAUGACACCCACUGGUGGGAGCCGCGGGAGAAGUUCUACUCGGUGACUGUCGAGCAGCCGGAGACCAAGAAGAAGACGUUUGGCAAGAACAAGGAGCUAUACGCGGUGGCAACGCCGGCCAAGGGAUGGCGGCAGGUCCGCGCCAUCCGCAGCUGCUCGUGCGGGCGCGUCGUCGUCGGGCGCGCGCAAGGUCGAGGCGCUGUGUUCAGCAAGGGCAAGCCGUCUGCUCACUUUCCGGUCGAUCCGGCAGAGGACCGGCGGCGCCAGCUCGAGCGCUUCCUGCUCGAGGUCACCCGCCAUCCUGUUCUCCGGGCCGCGCCGGCGCUGCGCCACUUUCUAGGCAUGGCUGCCGAUGGCUCCAAGUCGACCCGCAAGGCGUUCAAAGAGUCGCGGCGUAACAUCGAGCGCGACCCGCUCGUCGGCAAGGCCUUCAUCACUCGAGUGGCGGUCUACACCGACCCCAACUCCGCCGCCGGCUACAACUACAUUGACGAGUACACCAUGGGCUCCAACAUGGCCACGCCGCUCCUCGCCGCGAUCGAGGCCGCGUCGAUCUCGGUCGGAAAUGCGCAGCAGGUCUCGGCAGCCUCACUCAACGCCCUCGGCAAGGCGCUCAACACCUACCAGCACCCGGCCGACUCGCAGUCGCUCAAGACCGCCAUCAAGGCCGUCGGCUCGGCCGCGUGUGAGACCGCCAAGCUCGAGAAUGCGCACGCCACCGCCGAGAACGUCCUCAUCCGCCGUAUCCGCUCCGAGCACGGCGAACUCAAGAAGCAAGCCAAGGUCGCCGCUCUCGAAUCCAAAACCCGCCGCAAGUUUGUCUCGGCCGUCCUCAAGCUGCAGAAGAAGGGCAUCGAGGCCACCGCCCAGCAGCGCCAGGACACCCUCGCUCUCGGCGGCCUCAUGCGCGCUCAGGCCUCAGUCUCGCUCGCAGAACUCCACCAUCGCCAGCACACCAAGAACAUCGACUUUAAGGCUGACCUCGCCCGCUACGCCGAGCUCCAGAUCGAGUUUUACGAAGCCAUGGCUGCCGAGUGGAAGAAGGCUGCCGGCGUCGUCGCCGAGAUCGACGCCGACGACUCGUGGUUCCAGGAGUAGACACCGCACCACCGCGAUAUGCCCACCGCACCACCUCCACUGUGACCACAGUGGUGGUAUUGAACCUAUCAGAUCGCAAGUCGCUUGCCCACAAUCCGUUGCCAAACACCACGCCGAUCGUGUUGCGCAACAAACGAGAGCACUCGUUCGCACCCGCCCGUCUGCCGGCACGGCUCCAUAUGCACGCGCACACACAC